CCCAAAACUUAUUCAACAAAGUUUAUUAUAUUAACUUUUAAAAUAAUAAAUAUGAAGAGUGUACUAAUAGUUACAGUUUGUAUAGCUUAUUUAGCUACAUUGCUACAGGGUGCUGAUUUUAAUGGCAAAAAAUGGGUUGUUCUUGCUGCUGCCAGUAAGGGAUGGUCAAACUACGGUGACCAGGCUGACGUGUACCAUGGCUAUCACGUGGUCAAGUCGUUAGGCAUUCCCGACGAGAAUAUCAUACUUUUCUACUACAACGACAUCGCGUACAACACCAAUAACCCGACCCCUGGUGUUGUCAUAAACACACCCCACGGUCCCAAUGUUUACGAGGGCAUACCCUUAAACCGCAGUUACACUGGUCAUGACAUAACACCUAGUGUAAUAUAGAAAGCACCAUAAUUUCUUAGCCGUAAUUAGUGGCGAUAGCGAAUCGGUGCAAGCAACAAACUCUCAAGCUGGG